GUCUGACCUGCACGUCUCAAGUGCGUGAUGAACCGAGCCACCGCAUUGGAAACCACCUACAAAUGAGAGCAAGGACGUUUCGACUCAGUCACUAGUCUUGGUCUCCCUGCGACCUCAUCGCAACAUACUCGUUGCAACAUGUCACGUCCUGUCACCUCGCCCGAUGACAUCUCCAAGGAGCAGUUCUCCCAGCUCCUCGGCCAGUACGACAGUCUGAUACAGACUCUGUCCGGUUCCACAACGUCCAAGCCAGGAACCCGAACACUUCAGGAGUUGGAUCAGUUUCGAUACGAAGAGGCCGUGGCGGCCUUUAGCUCAUCCAAGCCCACACGCCAGAUGACACACGAUGAUGUGAAGACACUAGUCGAGUGGAAAUUGCGGCAUGGCAAGUUUCGUCCCACUCUAAUGAGCCUCGUCUCAUCAAAUGCUUCGGCCAAUGUCGCCAACACCAUCCAGAGCGCCUUGGCACAAUACUGGAAAACCAAGGACGCCGACGCUGCCCUGAAGACCAUCUCCUCCCUAAAAGGUGUCGGCCCAGCAACAGCGGCUUUGCUGCUGUCUGUACACGACCCUGAAGAUGUCAUUUUCUUCUCCGACGAAGCCUUUUGGUGGCUGUGUUGUGGCGGCCAGAAGCGGCCGAUCAAGUACAGCCCCAAGGAAUACCAAGCGCUGAGGGGGGCCGCGCGUGUGCUGUCCAAGAGGCUCGAAGUAGGUGCGACAGAUAUCGAAAAGGUGGCAUAUGUCCUCUUCAAAGGGGAAGUUGCUCCCGAAAGCGGGCCGGUAGCGGACAAGAGACCGAAACCGAGCGCUGGGAAGACACAGCCGCGGGCGGCGACGAAGACCGCAGAGGCGGCACCGGAGACAGGGACAAAGCGGAAGCCGGCGAAUGGGGGGGACGAACACGCUUCAACUGGGGUUCGUAGGUCGAAACGCGGAAAAACGUAGGCAAGGCGGCUCAGAUUGAUAACCUCGGGGCAAUGUCUAAUCAUUUGAGUAUAU